AGUAUGAAACAGGCCAAUCAGAGGCCGACACGGCGAGGGUUAGUGUCUUUUUUGAGCCUAAGACUUCUUCGUGCGUAAGUGGCACUAGCACAAGGAACAGAGAGCUGAUUCGGGAAGAGAUAGGUUUGCGGAUGGUGGUAGCAUCAAACAUGAAAAACUUAAUAGGUACGGUGGCCUGUACGUUGUUUCUGACUGUGAAUGGUUUUUACUCGUCAAGUGAUGAUGUUGUUGAAUUAACUCCGGCAAACUUCAACAGAGAAGUUUUACAGAGCGACAGCUUAUGGCUGAUAGAGUUCUAUGCUCCGUGGUGUGGCCAUUGUCAAAGCCUCACACCACACUGGAAGAAGGCAGCCACAGCUUUAAAAGGAGUAGUCAAAGUUGGUGCAGUGGAUGCAGAUCAGCACAAGUCUCUGGGUAGUCAGUAUGGCAUUCGGGGGUUUCCUACAAUCAAAAUCUUUGGGUCCAAUAAGAACAAAGCAGAGGAUUAUCAAGGUGCAAGGAGCAGCCAAGCCAUUGUUGAUUCAGCCCUGAAUUCCCUCCGAUCCAUGGUCAAGGAAAGGCUUGAUGGGAAAAGCAGUGGCUCUGAUCAAGGAAGACAGAGCAGUGGAGGCAGGAAAGAUGUCGUUGAUCUGACCGAUGAUGACUUUGAUAAAAAGGUUUUGAACAGUGAUGACAUCUGGUUGGUGGAGUUCUAUGCACCUUGGUGUGGUCAUUGUAAAAACCUUGAACCAGUGUGGGCAGCGGCAGCAACUGAAGUGAAAGAACAAACAAAAGGCAAAGUGAAGCUUGGAGCAGUAGAUGCAACAGUGCAUCAGAUGCUAGCUAGCCGAUAUGGGAUUCAAGGAUUUCCUACUAUUAAAGUUUUCCGUAAAGGAGAGCAGCCAGAGGACUACGAAGGUGGACGAUCCAAAGCUGACAUUGUUGCUCGUGCUCUUGAUCUGUACUCGGACAAUGCAGCACCACCUGAGCUGCUGGAGAUCCUUAAUGGAGACAUUUUGAAGAAGACCUGUGAAGAUUAUCAGCUCUGCAUCAUUGCGGCUCUGCCUCACAUCCUCGACACAGGAGCUGCUGGCAGAAAUGCCUACCUGGAAGUAAUGAUGAAAAUGGCUGAAAAAUACAAGAAAAAGAUGUGGGGGUGGCUGUGGACAGAGGCUGGAGUUCAGAUGGAUCUUGAGCAGUCCCUGGGGAUUGGAGGCUUUGGAUAUCCAGCCAUGGCAGCGAUCAACUAUAGAAAAAUGAAAUUUGCCCUUUUGAAAGGGUCCUUCAGUGAACAGGGAAUUCAUGAGUUUCUGAGGGAUCUUUCAAUGGGUCGUGGAUCUACAGCUACUGUGGGUGGAGGCACUCUUCCAAACAUUAAUUCAGUCGAGCCUUGGGAUGGCAAAGAUGGAGAGCUUCCUGUAGAAGAUGACAUUGACUUGAGUGACGUGGAGCUGGAUGAUCUUGGAAGAGAUGAGUUAUGAGAAUACCAAGUCCGAUAUAUAUAUUUUUUUUUAAUUAUUACUCACUUAUUGAUAAGAAAACAGACCAAACUCCCUUUUAUCAUCUUUCAGUCAAACCGAUUAGUCGGCCAUUGAAAAACAUUUUUGCACUUGCUUCCAUCUUGCAGAAUUUGUUUUUAGUUUUUUGUUAAAGAUAAAGAAUACUACAGUUCUAUAGAGAGUACUGUCCACUUGUUCAAGAAGCAGCACUUUCUAAUAUUCUCAUAAAUUGGCUUAUGAAUCCAGUUUAUUGAACACAGUUUGGCUGCAUGACAAACAUCCUUCUUGCAUUCGUCUAAAUUCUCCAGCCAUUACUUUAUACUGACAUUUUUAUUUUCUAGUACUAGGCCUCACAGUUGAAUGUGUUCUUUCCAAUUUUAAUAUGUGGUCACUAAAAGACAGCAGGGAGUUGGAGUAUUCUUGUACAUUUGUUACACGGCCGUCAACUCUGUGAAAAAAAUACAUUUAUUUUUUGAGGGGGGGUUGUUUGUUUUGCAUUUGUGAUUGUUUGAUGGGUUGGGGGGGGAGUCUUGUCAUGGUAACAGAUAAGGUUGGCACUGACAUUAAGAAUUAAAUAGGCUGGUUGGUGGAAGUGCUUGCCAGGUUUCUCCAUAGUGGAGAUGGAUGGCCCAAGUAGCUGGUUAAGCUUUCAGAGAAGCCAUAGAAACAAUCCGUGGUCUGAGGGUGUGUGAGAAUGGAACAAAGUUAAGAGUAAAAAUAUACAUUUUGCUUGCUGUGUCCACUCAACAAAUAUUUAGUUGAUUUGUAUUGUCUUAGGCUCACCACAGACAGGUGACAGUUUACUAUUUGCAAUUGUGUACCCUUGAAAAAAAUUGCUGUAAAAUAAAGACCUGGAACAUACAUUUUAUUAAGACUGACUGUCAGAUUAUAUUGGGGAUUUGCCCAACAAACCUGUUUUAUGUUUUCAAAGUCAGGCACAUACGUUACAUUUGCUAGUUGCUUUUUGCUAUUUCAAUUUGGUCUGGGAAUAAAAAUGAGUAACUUGUGA